GCCUCUGUUUUUUGAGCAGUGCUUACCUCGCCGGUAUUUGGGUUCCGUUGCUUCAGUUUGAAUCAGAAUCUCAGUAAGCGAACAUCGUCAAGUAAAAGCAGCCAUCAUGCCAAUCGAAAUCAACACCCCCGAUAAGUUGGAGUACCAAUUCUUCCCGGCCAGCGGAGGAGUAUUCACCUUCAAGGUGCGUUCUCCAAAGGAUGCCCAUUUGGCCCUCACACCCGCCCCCGAGGAGAACGGCCCCAUCUUCGAGAUCUUCCUGGGAGGAUGGGAGAACACCAAGUCGGUGAUCCGCAAGGAUCGCCAGAAGCCCGAGGUGGCCGAGGUGCCCACUCCGGGCAUCCUGGACGCCGGAGAGUUCCGUGGCUUCUGGGUGCGCUGGUACGACAACGUCAUCACGGUGGGUCGUGAAGGAGACGCCGCCGCCUUCCUGUCCUACGAUGCCGGAAGCCUGUUCCCAGUGAACUUCGUGGGCAUCUGCACGGGAUGGGGUGCCAGCGGAUCCUGGCUGCUGGAUGAGUCUGCUCCUUCGGCUCCCGUCAUGGGCUUCGCUGCUCCCACUGGAAGCGGACCAGGAUGCUGGGUGCCCGCCGCCAAUGGAGAGGUUCCCCCCAACGCCCUGGAGGGAGGAUUCGACAGCAGCGAGCAGCUGUACAUCGCCCGUGCCCGCCACGAAGGUGACCUCAUUCCCGGCAAGCUGCAUCCCUCGCACGGCGUGACCUAUGUGGCCUGGGGAGGCGGCGAACAUGGACAUGGCGAAUACGAGGUGCUCUGCGCCGGAGGUGGCCUAUGGGUGCCCGUGGAGGCCGGAAACAUCCCGCCGAAUGCCGUACCCGCCGGUGAGACUGCCGAGGGCGAGCCGCUCUUCAUCGGACGCGCCACCCACGAUGGCACCAUCACCGUGGGAAAGGUGCAGCCCUCCCACGGAUGCUGCUACAUUCCGUACGGCGGCGAGGAGCUGGCCUACAAGGAGUUCGAGAUCUACGUGACCAACUGAGUCAUGGGUCGAAUGUCCAACGCACUGAACCACAAUUGUUAAUCUGAGCGCUUUACAGUUCAACUGGUCGCAGAAAUUUUAUUUAUAUUUGCAUUUCUACUCAAUACUGUUGAAGAAUCUCUAUUUGAUGCCGAAAAGGUUAUUACUUUGUUCACCCGAAUUGGUUAAUAAACAAUAAAUAUGUUUAAGAAAAUGACAUAUCCCAAAA